AUGUCCGUCCACAUCCUCAUGUACCCUUACCCGACCCCGGGCCACAUCAUCCCCCUCCUCGACCUCGCCCACAAGCUCCUCCACCUCCGCCGCUCCGACCUCGCCGUCACCGUCCUCGUCACCCCCGACAACCUCCACUUGCUCGACCCCUUCCUCUCUUCUUCCUCCUCCUCCUCCUCCUCCUCGCUGCAGUUCCAGCCUCUGGUCUUGCCUUCCCCGGAGCCGCCCGCGACGCCCCAUCCGCCGCGGAGGCGCCUCGCCGCCAACGUCCGCGCCCUCCGCGACCUCCACCUCCCCCUCCUCUCCCGGUGGUUCGAGUCCCACCCCUCCCCGCCCUGCGCCCUCGUCUCCGACUUCUUCCUCGGGUGGACCCACCGCUUCGCCCGCGAGCGCGGCGUCCCGCGCGUCGUCUUCUCGCCGUCCGGCGCCUUCGGGCUCUCCGUCAACUUCGCCCUGUGGCGGGACCUCCGCAGGCCCGACGAGGAGUCGAUGGUCUCGUUCGAGAAGUUGCCGAACCGCCCCCGCUUUCCCUGGUCGCACAUCCCCCUGAUAUACAGGAAUUACGAGGUGGGUGAUCCGGAAAUGGAGCUCCUUCGGGAGGGCGCGAUCGGCAACAUCGAGAGCUGGGGGAUCGUGUUCAACUCGUUCGACGGGCUGGAGCGGGCUUACCUGGAUCACAUCAGGAAAGAGGUCGGGCACAACCGGGUUUGGGCCGUGGGCCCGCUUUUGCCCGCCGAGGCCGACGGCUCGGCCGGGCCCGUUAGUAGGGGCGGGCCCAGCUCGGUAUCGGCUGGCCAGGUGCUGACGUGGCUGGACGCCUGCCCGGACGGUUCGGUCGUCUACGUGUGCUUCGGGAGCCGUGCCGUGCCGACGCAGCGGCAGAUGGAUGAGUUGGCGGCGGGGCUGCUGGAAAGUGGGGUCAGGUUCAUUCUAUGCGUGAGGGAGGCAAACCGGGGAGGACAUGCGGCGGAGGGGAAUUACGGGGCGGUCCCCGAGGAUUUCGAGGAACGAGCGGCCGGGAGGGGCCUCGUGAUCAGGGGUUGGGCCCCGCAGGUGCCGAUACUGAGGCAUCGAGCCGUGGGUACGUUCCUGACUCACUGCGGGUGGAACUCGACGCUGGAGGGGCUCAGCGCCGGGACGGUCAUGCUGACGUGGCCGAUGGGCGCGGAGCAAUUCGUGAACGCCAAGCUGCUGGUGGACGAAUUGGGCGUGGGAAUGAGGGUCGGCGAGGGGUCGGAGAAGAUACCGGAGGCGGCGGAGUUGGCCCGGGUUUUGGCCGAGGCGUUGAGGGGCGAUCUGCCCCAGAGGGUGCGAGCCAAGGAGAUGAGCAGCGCGGCUUGGAACGCAAUCGAAGGAGGGAGCUCAGAGAAAGAUUUGAGUGACUUCGUGAGGUGCGUGGACGAGCAAAGGAGGACCAAAAUCCAUGCUUAG